CAUUUGACUCCGACAGUGACACUAGAUUUAUGGAUUUUAAGAUUUGCCUGCGAUUUGUGAUUUUGUAAUUUGUGUUGAGUCGGCAAAGGGGAGUUUCGUGUUGAUAAUUUCAAACAUUAAUAUUACUGCAUUGAACUUACUCAAAAACCAACAAAAUGUCUCGACAAGUAUCACGGCUCGACGCCAAGAAAGUUAAUUCCGAACUUCUAACGCUUACAUACGGCGCUCUGGUGUCUCAAAUGCUGAAAGAGACUGAGAAUCCUGAAGAUGUGAACAAGCAACUGGAAAGAAUCGGCUAUAAUAUGGGCGUGAGGCUGAUUGAAGACUUCCUGGCUAGGACUACGUCGACUAGGUGCUUGGAAAUGAGGGAAACUGCUGAUAAGAUACAGCAAGCUUUUAGGCUAUACCUCAACAUGCAACCCACAGUCACAAGCUGGAGCAGUUCCGGAGAUGAGUUCUCUCUGGUCUGGGACCAGUGUUCCCUCAGCGAGUGGGUGGAGAUGCCCAAUAACGGCUUGAAGUACUGCGCCCUGAUACCCGGAGCCAUCCGAGGGGCGCUUCAGAUGGUGCAGCUUGAAGUUCAGUGCUGGUUUGUGCAGGACCAGCUGAAAGGCGAUCCAGUAACAGAACUUCGCGUCAAAUACAUCAAAAGACUGGAAGACGCAGUGCCCGCCGGCGAAGAUUAGACUUAUUCCAAUGAUAAUUAUUAUUGUUUAAAUAUAUUUCUAUUAUUAUUUAUAGAUACCCUAAAAAUAUAAGUAUAUUAAUCUAUGCAAAAAACCUGCUCAUUUCAAAAACCUAUCUCAGAAUUUAAUGUAAAAUAAUUUGAUUUUACGUUAUUUUUAAAUAAUGUGCUAUUUCAUUCUGCCUUGGGGUUUUAAACACAGAGACUUAUCUCAGAAAUAGUUGCUGAGUUUUUGAGUAAUCAUUAAAACUUACCUACCGGUGUUUUUAAGUACAUACACUGAGGUGUUAAGAAUUGAAUGAACCUCUUUACAUAAUACUCUUCCAUACUUUACUUUCGCUGUAGAAGCUACCAUCAGUCAUUGAAAUCAUCAAAUGACCCCUCCAGCUGUGGGUUAGCAGCGUGAGAGAGCGUUAGACUUCCUGACUAAAACCCACCAUAUUCCUUCUUAAGCCCCUUAUGUGCCAGGGUCGCGUAACUCUCUCGAACAAUCCCGUAGGCCCGGCAGGCAUUAUUCGUUUUUAGAUUUAAAACCAUCCUGAAGUAGACAACUGUAUUUUUGUUUUCUUUUUAUGACAUAAGAAGAAGUAAAUGCUCUUAUUAUUUUUUACAAAUUAGGUAUUGUAUGAAGUAGGAAUCGAUUAUAAUUUAUGUCAUAGUCAGUUUAUUAUUUUAUGAUGCUGUUUUCAAUAGAAAGUUUUAUAAUCGUAAGUGUAAGAUGAAUGUGAAACAUAGUUGUUGUUAAAGAAAAAUGUUUGCUCGAAGUAUGGUUUAAAUUGAAUGGGUUUGAAUAAUAAUAAUAAAAAAUAAAAAAAAAAACAGAAUUUGGGUGAUAUAAAAAAAAAGAAAUUAUGAUCAAUUUUACUUUUAAAGCAAGAAAAAUACAGUUAGGCGCUUGUUUCUUGUGAAAAGACUGGGAGUUGAUCUCAACCUGUCUAAACGUAGUUUGUGAAUGUCUGAAGGCACCUGAGAUAAAUAAUCACCAGUAUGGAGAAAAUUACCUUCGUAUCUGAAACGUGGAGAAAUCCAUGGACAUUGUCUAUUUUCUCUAAAGUUUUAAGAUACAGUCCAGACCUAAACUACUCGUUGUUUCAUUUAGGGUAUUUCUGAGUAUAUUUCUGCAUUUAGUUUAAUAUAAAUAAUUAUGUAGGUACUUUUAUUGUAAGUAAACAAAAUUGUUUCAUAUAAUUUUGUAUUAUUACCUGUAAACUAUGAAAAGAAACGGAAUAAAAUUGAUAUUCUAUAA